ACCAUGGUUUUACUACACUAACCAUUGUUUUUUUGGUUUUAACUGUAGUAAAACCAUGGUUAAUUUUCGUAAGGGUGAAUGAAACAGAGACAGUUUAAACGUGAAUGUGUGUGCAUUAUAGUUUCAGUUUGCACGUAGCACUCAGCUAAUCAGAUUCGAGAACCACAAGAAACUGUUGUAUAAACUUUAUUAUUUGGUAUAAGUCUUGCCAGUUGCCAACUGUCAGGUGAUUUUUUUGUGACUGGCAUACACUUUAAGGACAAAAGGAAUGUGACAGCCCCUUCUAAUGAAGAGGAUUGACUACUUUAGUCAUUUCUGUGAAGGCAAAUCUUAAUGCUACAGUAUAUGAGAGUUUUGUGUUUCUAAUUUUAUGGAUUUUAUAAUUUCAAUAGUAUGGGCAGGACCCUUAUCUAUUUCAACAUGAUUAUGCCCAUGUGCACAAAGAAAGGUUAAAAAAAUUAAUGAUUAAAAACUUCACUGGUUUGCAUAUAAAGUCAACUAAACCAAGCUAAACAACUUUGGUAUGACAAACAUUCACCACCCAAACCCCCAUACAGUCAUUCCAGGGUAAAAUAAAGGCCGUAACAAAGAUUUUUUUUUAUAUGGUACUGCAUGGUAUAGCAUUACAUUUUAGUGGAAUAGAUAAUUAAUUAGGAAGUGUUUACAACUUUGUUGUGCAACUUCAGCCACAAAGAUUAUGCAAACUGUUUAAAUGAAGGUGAUAUACAGGCAUUGACUUUCAAGUAACCAUUUAUUUGGGGAAAACUGGGGUACCAGAAGCCCUUACACAAAGAGAAUGUAUUAUUUAAUAUAUUGCAUUUUAUUUUUCAGUAUAUUUCCACAUAUGUUUGUUUUGUUAUAUUGUUGUUGUUUAUUUUGUUUCAGAAUGGAAGACCUUCUUUGUUUUCUAAGGGAGAGGAAUAUCCCAGAGUCUACUAUACAGAGAAUGCAGGAGGACAAGAUUGAUCCAAGCGUCCUUCUGCUAAUGAAUGAUGACCAGAUGAAAAGCUAUUUGCCUUCCUAUGGAGACAGGCUGGCAGUGAUGGGAUAUUGUAGGAGGCAAGAAAGUGAACCCACUACUAGGAAGUCCAAGCUGUUCGAUCGCCUAAAAUCAAAAUUAAACAAAAGACAAAAAACAAAUAAUUCCGAAACAGAUCAGCAAACAACAAGAAAGAAGAAUGUUCCACCAACAAGAAAAGUGGAGAUUGGGUGGAUGCUCCACGACGGGGAAGGCUUUGUUCAAAUGAGAACCAAAAAAGGAGGUGGAACAAGGAAGUUGACUGUGCCAAGAGACUGGAAAAAACGAGAACUGACUGAGGAGGCAAUUCGUUUAUUUUUCCCAAAUGGAAAAAAUUCUCAAGGCAGCAUUUCUGAAUUUGAAGUGGAUCUAAUGAAUUAUCAGGAAAUGUCAUUAGAUGACAACAGUACAGUAGGGGAAAUGUAUGAUGCAUCAAAACUCACAAUGAUGAGGUUCUACCUCACAACAAAAAAAAUGAAGAGGGAAGCUGUUGUGGAAAUAUCAGAUUCAGACACAGUGGAGGAUGUAAAUGAUCAGGACCAGAGUCUCCCCUCUUCUUCUACUCUAAUAUUUCAGUCUUCAGAUGCCGUGGAUGUUAUUUUUGUGGAAAGUACUGGUUUAAACAGUUAUGAUGUGCCCCGCCUACAUUCCGGAGAGGAUCUAAAUGUUGCAUAUGAUGAUCUCAACGUUUCUUUACACAGUUCCACAACAGCUUUGCUAGAUGCAAGUGAUGAAGUGACAAUAUUAACUGGAGAAAUCACUGAGAUAGAUCAACAAAAUUUAGAAGACACUUUGCCUCUGAGCCCAGAAGCAUCAAUCCCACACAAAAGAAUUCUUGUGAUUCGACGGGGACAGAUAUUUUCUGAACUUAUUUCACACUUCUUUGAUGAAAGCCUUCCACACACACAGAGUGAAAUUGAAAUCAGGCUGCUUCUCCCAAAUGGGCAGUAUGAGAUGGGUCAUGACAUUGGUGGAGUUUUCAGAGAUUGCCUAUCAGAAUUCUGGCAUGAAUUUUAUGAACAGUGCACACUAGGCAACAGCUUUAAAGUACCUUUUCUUCGGCAUGAUUUUGGCCAGGAAAAGUGGGAGAGCAUUGGCCGAAUCAUAUACUUUGGCUGGAAGAAGGAAAAGUAUCUCCCAAUAAAACUUGCACCAGUAAUUAUGGAGCAAGCAAUACAGGGAUCUGUAAGAAGCGAUCUGAUUGUCAACUUUUUAAAGUACGUCUCAGAAAAUGAAUGUGCUGUUUUAGAAACCUGCAGAACAGACUUCUACAGUGUAGACCAGGAGGAAUUACUGGACGUCUUGGACAGCUACAGUUGCCGGACAGUUCCCACGGCAGAAAACAUUGAGCAAGUUUUGCAAGAACUGGCACACAAGAAACUAAUUCAAGAGCCUGCCUAUGUUCUCGAACAAUGGGCAAGCAUACUUAAGCCUUUGAGCAAGGAAUUUGAUGAAAUUGAAGCUGCAUAUGGGGAACUACAGCCAACUGUGAAGAAAAUUGUGAGAUCCCUGAAAUUCCCUGAAACAAUGAAUGCAUACCAAAAAGAAAUUUCAAAGCAUUUGACAAGAUACCUGCGGGAGUGUGACACAAAGAAACAGUCUUUGUUCCUGAGAUUCUGUACAGGCUCCGAUCUCUUUAUCGGCAAAACUAUAACUAUUGACUUCACAGACCUUAAAGGCUUUGAGAGAAGACCUGUGGCACAUACAUGUGGCUGUUUUUUGAUGCUUUCAGUGCACUAUGACAGCUAUCCUGAUUUUAGGUCAGAAAUGAACAAAAUUCUUGAGAGCAAUGUCUGGGUCAUGGACAUUAUUUAGAGGUUAAAUAACUGAAUAUCAUAAGGCCUGCAAAAACACUAUUUGCUUGUGUUCAUUGUUCUGUCAGUCAAUUUGUCAGUCAGGCUUUAAAUUGUAUUAACGUGUUCUAAAAUCAAGUGUUCUUUAUAUGGAUACAGUACAGUUUUGGGUUGCAUUGCUAGUGAACUUCGAUACUGUACUAACAAGUGAAUUGUUUACGGUGGUUUGUUUAAUUACCAUUU